AUGACUCUAAAGACACUCCUUCAUACUACAAUUAGAGAUCUACAUGCCCUCCAUGUUUACCGCAACUGGGAUGAUGCCGCCACAUACGAAUCAAAACUCACAUCCACCGUAUCUCAACUACUACAACUAUUAAACUUCACCAAAGGACAAACUCAACUUAAACUUGACUCUAGCGUGGGGGCGUUUCGUGUGUGGUGUUAUGGAAGUGCACCUGAUUAUCACGAUAACAUCAUCGACUAUCUACAAAAGCUAAAACUGGGGCAGAGCACUGUUGGUAUAUUACGACAGUUGAUUGAGCUACUAACUGAGAAAACACCCACGAACAUCAAAGACGAGUAUUCGACUAUAUUCCUCAAGUUGUCUAGAAUAGUGGAGAAACUAAUCAAGCAUCACACCAUUUCGCAAAUACAUUUGAUAAAGUACGUUUCAGGGUGUUUCCAGUACGAAAACAAAUACUAUAGUCAACUACACAACAAGUUCACCACUAUCGAUGACGACACAGUGCAGAUUGCGGAAUUCAUGGAUAGUUUCCUAAGCGAUGUCGAGUUUCCUGAGGAAGACAGUAUAUUCAACUAUGAAAGCGACCUGCAAGAUACACCAUUAAACCUCCAAUCCAACCAAGAUGCAUUUGUUAAAUUGUUUCGAAAAGUAGUUAAUGUAAUCAACAUCAAAACAGACGUAAACCACGACAAGCUAGCGUCGAUCUUUGUCCAAUUAUACAAGAACCAACAGGGUAUAGACUAUUUCGAGGACUCUCAGGAUAGCAUGACUGGGUGCUUGACUGAGUUACUCACUGGUCUAGGUGAAGAACACCAGGAAAUACUCCCGAAAAGCUUUGCCGAAAUCAACAAGAAAGUUAUCCUCAAAGCCACAUCUAACUCCCAACAACAACAAGCCCAGCUCUUCGCGGAUCUCAAAGUAAUGAUAUCCCUCUUUAACGAUCUACAACUAGACUUUGAACCCGAGUUUCCCUGGCUUGUACGGCAUUACAUGAAACUCAUGUUUACGAAACUACCCACGAUAGUUAACCCGCAAGACUGGGAAUAUCUUGCCCUGAUCAUGGCACUAGCCCAGGAAAUUCUCGCGCAUGAUGCCAACCCCGUAAUGGACCAGGUUCACAAGUUUAAACAGUUGCAUUUGCUUUUAUGCAAAGAGAAUUUCUUACUUGAUGACUCAACAUUAUUGAUGAGGGCCAGCACCCAGGAUUAUUACCGAAUGAAGGAAAUGGUGGAGGUUACCUGGCAGGGGUGGCGAGAGAAGUGGUGGAAAUGUUUCCAAUUACAGAGUGUGCUUGCUGACUGUGAAGUCAACCACGAGAAUAAGUUACGACAACAUUUUACCAAGCUCUGGUUUGGAAGAUUCAAGAAACUUGACCGGAUCAAGAAUGAAGUGGGGGUGUUUUAUCAGUAUGAAUUAGCCAGAAAGUAUUUGAUCCAGUGGAGGAAAGCUGUUGCUCAACAUAUCCAAUCUAUGCAUGUAGCUGAUAGAUUGCCCCUCAAGAAGUUUCUUCAUACAUGGAAGACAACAUAUACCGUCAAGACCCAACUUGAACAAAAAUGUCGAGAAGUCACACUUAAUAAAUACUUUACCCUUAUCAAGAAGGUAUAUUCGGCUAACCAAGCUAAUCUCCAAUUGGCAAUCGACAAGAAUCGACAAUUUGAGAACGAUAGGAAUGACCGGAUAUACUCAUACUAUUUCCUCAAAUGGUAUUUGAAAAUGGAUUCCUCAGACUCUCCUGAAUCACUAAGUGAGAAACUCGUCCAGUUGAAGAAACUAGAGCGGAAGUUUAUUCUUUGUGUGUAUUUCAACAAGUUGAUGCACGCGUAUGACUUGGCGGUUAAAGUUCAUCAAUUUCGAAGAAAUAAAGACGGAUAUUUAAUUCAGAAAAUUUUUAAUUUUUGGGGCAGGAGUUGGACACUUCGAGACAAGUCAAAUGGUAUUAUUUACUCAAGGAAUAUGGAUCUACAAGCGAAAGUGUUGCAACAUUGGAGCAAGUCAUUGAGUCAACAGCAUCAAGCAGACCAGUUCUAUAAAUCAAAACUAAAAACCAAAUUCAUUGCUCUAUUAAAGCAAAGAAUAUUUAAUACUCAACAAGAAGAGAAGUUUAAUGCUGUGAUUACUAAGCGUUAUUUUAAAUUAUGGUUGACUAAUUAUAAAUUAUCGCAAGUGAUGAUACACAAGGAUCAACAGGUAAAACUUGCUGCAUUGCAACUAUGGAUGGAGAGAACCAAUUCCGUGUUGACUAGUGAAAUUGAUACUAGUAACUACUAUAAUGAAAGUUUAAUAAGGAGCACAUUUCACAAUUGGCAGAAUUAUGUCAACGCUGUAUCUGCAUAUGAUGAGAAGGCAAUAACAUUUGUCAAACAACGAUAUUUCAACAAACUCAAGAAGAAAUACAAGCAGUGUACAAUUGAGUUGCCUGCCCGCUACCAAACCAACAGACUAGCUGAUGUCAUUGCAUUAAAGUAUACACUCACAAUCUGGCAUCAACGAUACAAUGAACAAUUUGAACUUCGAGCUCAGGGUAAGAUUAAACAACUCCACAAACAAGUAACACGUCCAUUACUAUUGAAGCGAUAUUUGAGUAAAUGGGUCAUGAAGUACGAUAAAUUGAAUGAGUUAGAAGAAUUAGCUCAUGAGUUCACUCUGUGGAUGCAAUUGGCAAAACCGCAACUUGAUCUCUGGAUAUACAAGACCCAGCACCAGUCAGCCAUGAAUGAAGAAGCAGAAGCAUUUGAGGCCGAGUACAAGAUAAGGAGAUUCUUCACCAUUUGGCAAGACCACCAUAGUCGAGCCCAGGAGUUGCUUGAAACGUAUGAGGACUAUAUCGCUAACAAGAACUUUACACUAGUUAGUGAAUGCAUCAAGGCGUGGAAUCUAAAAUAUCACAAGAAUAUCAAACGACACCAGGCCCAGCAUCAGUUUCUCGUGGCCAAGUUUGAGCAUGCCAAAAAGAGAUCGAUAUUUGACUUGUGGAGAUACAAGUAUGAACAUAAUCAGGAUUUCGAAUUGGCUAAUAGUACAAUCAUAAGCACUCUGUCGCCAUUAGCUAAACGAACCCAACGACAACGGCAAUCGCAAACACAAGUGUCGACUCCGGUUAAACAAGUGGGAAAUAUAAGUCCGGCCCGACUACAAGAGACCACACAACGAUUGAAAACAGAAAAGAUUGGGGCGCUAAUUAAACAUUAUGGCCAAGUGAAACUCCCACAAAACUACGUUAGACUUUCUCCACCGAGAACAAGAGGGACCGUUCCUGCUCGACCCAACUUCAAUCAGAUUCUAACUGAUGAAGAUGAGUAUGAAGAAUAUGCUUCACCAUCACCUUCGGCGAUUGAACUGGCAAAGAGUUUGAACAAAAUUGUCCCGAUAAGGUUUCCUACUGAUGAUGAAGUCAAUCGUCCAAUAUUCUCACCAAUAUCGACUAUAAAACAAAGAUAUAGAAAUACCUAGACUAUGUAUUAUAUACUUUGAUUGAUUAACGAAUAAACCCCUUUUUUUUUAUUUUUACUUCAGAGUUUCCUUUUCAUUUACAUACACGUGUAAGUAAUCACCAGUGACCACUGUAGAUCUCAAUAAAUCCAACCAGGUGUUAGCUUUGCCUAUUGUGACUUCACUGGCAACUGUCUUGAGCAACUGCACGAGCUUUUCUCUAUCUGAUAAGAUCUUGGACAAUGUAUUCACGUUAACACCGAUAAAUGAAUCAAUAGUUUGAAGAUGUUUCCAAGGUUCAGUCAACUUAUUGUGAUGAGUGAUGAUCAAAUCAAAUUGGGUCAAUUGUUCUGGAGUGAGGUCUUCGGUCUUAUUAUAAGCCACUCCUACAUUGUGCAAUUCGCCAAAUCUAGUUACUCCCGUCAUACAUGCUGGAACAUCAAUGUGCACCGACACAUCAGUUAAAUUGUGGUGCAAGAUGUAAUCAUUGGUGUAUUGUAAAGCGUAACCUCCUGGAUAGUUAUAACUAGAAAUGUAUCCGAUUUGUAACGAAAUAAUGGUAGACAAAGCGAUGGUACCAACCAUCAAUAAUAACAAGAUUUUGUUGAGUAAACUGGCACUCCACUUGGUGGAAACGUUAGUUAAUCCGUUGGCAGCUUGUAGAGUGAAUAUUGGAACCACGUAUACAAUAAAUCUCCAUUCUUUGUGAGGUUGGAAUGACAUUGCUAAGAUGUAUAAAACUGAAGAAAUGAACAAGAUCCUUAAGGAGUAUCUUGCCGGAUGUGGAACUACCUUCUUAUCCUUCUCCGCAGUAACGACACCUUCAUCGGUUGGAUCACCGAUCAAACCGGGAAUAGUCAACAACAAAAUAAUUGGGGGUCUGAAUAAUUGCCAAAGAUAUUUCUUAAAGUAAGCACCAAAAGGUUCGACUCCCCAAUUGACAGAUUUUCCUUGGACAACGUUAAACACAAAUGCAUCGAGCUCAGGAAUAAGCACUCUUCCCCAGAAAUAAGAAUCAACAACAGCAGAUAGCAAUCCACCAAUUAUAGCACCUGCAGCCAAGUAAAUAAAACUAUGAAUCAAAUCGGAUUGACCAAAAAAUGCCGAUACAACAGCGAUAAUACCGGCAAAUACACCAACUUCAAGUCUGAAGAUAAUACCUGUGAAUGCUAACCAUGUUAACCCAGACAAGUCACCAGUGAUAAGUUUCCCCACAGAAUAGUUAACCAACGGUAACGCCAAGAAAUUAGGUAAUGUUCUUGAACUGUAGUAUAGCAAAUGAUAUUGGGAGAUCAACAAGACGGUAUACCAAAAUCCAAUUACACCUUUGUUGUUCUUCUUCUUGUCUCUGAAAUUGACCUUGUUCAAUGAUUCUCUAAGGUAGAUCAACAGAAACACAUUAGAAAUGCCCACGAUUGCCCUCACCAACUUUUGUAAUUCCAAUUGAGUGCCUUGGAAGUACUCAAUGCCAAAGAGUGAAUUGAACAACAAGAAAACUUUGGUGACACCGGCGACAAAUAACGAUCCAAUGAAUGUUCUUGGAACAACGCCGGGGAAUUCCACAUGGUCGUAGUUUGACAAUACGGUUUCUUGUGGGAAGACUCCAUAGUUUAAGAUAUCAUGAAUGGCUUGGAUGUUGAACGAUUCCUCCACUUUAGUGAAAGGUGCAAGCACAAGAUGGUAUGAGAGAACGAGAAACAAUAUCGCGUCUAGUGUUCGAUAGUAUUUGUUCAUGGUGUGUACUGUUCAAUUGAGAAAAGAAGAAGAAGAAGAAAGACGUUGAUUUUAAGAUUUGAUCAACAACGGAUUCAACCAUAUGAUCUUGCGGC